CGCAGAUGUUGACAUGUAAUGUAAGGUCAUGUCAUAUUUUGCUGAUUGUCGAUGUUAUUUGAAAGAGGGAUAAAGACACAGCAUCAAUCUUGUUCUGAUGUUACAUUACGUCCAUGCAUUGGCAAUGCAAACCAUAGCAGGAACCAGGUUGAAUGCACCUCCCAUACACCUAACCCAUCAACUGACCUCACCUCACCUUAUUCCAACCUACAGCACACAUAACCGACGAGCAACUUCAUUUACAGGGCAACAAAACUAUGCGCAAGAAUAGGAUUGAUAUUCAACCUUGUACAACUGAGAAAUGACAUCUGUUUAGACUCUUUUUGGCAGAAAUCAUAAUUCGAACGCCGAUCAAAUCACUACCUACCUAUUUAUUCCGCGGUGCUACCUUGGUGAACUCAGAUCUUUCUUAUCUUAUCGCAACUAAAAGUUGCUCCAACCUCUAACUUCAUCCAUCCAUCUCUAUAACAAAUUCAACGUCACUCUCCAUAAGAUACUCGAAAUCAUAUUAGUGAAUCUUUCGGCUGAAUCUCGGACUUACGCAAUCUCUCUACUAGAUCUAUUAUCAAUAAUGCUCACGCAUCAUCUACCUCCAUCAUGACAACUCCUCCCGAUGCCGCCCUCUUAGCGACAACCAGCGACUCCCUUGCGCCUCUCAUCCCCAUCCUCAAUGGUUUCGCUCAUCGUCACAAGAACCAGCAUUCUUCGUCGCACUGGUGGUCCUCCUUCUCUGUGCUGCGCCGCGCAGUCCGUAACCUCGUCAACGACCUAAACUCACGGCCUAGGAAGGUCAAAUCUGGCGGUGUCAAGCGUGAUGUCUAUCCUGCCCUUGCGCGCGCAAAAUGGAUGAUGCGCCAUGUCGUCCCUGGCGCCUUUGUUACUUUCUCACAACUUGCAGCUGAUAACCAGCAUGCGCCUCUCGGACUGCUCCUCCUCUCGGUCCUUGCUCGAACCAACACUCUACUCUCCCAACUCGUCCCUGACCACGACCACAACCCUCCAAUCUCGACUAGUACAGAACCAAUGCCUUCGGAGCUAAGCAAACAUCAAACUUCAGAUUUAAGAACGGACGGCGCACCUAAUGCUGGAGUGGACAUGGGCGUAGCCAUUUCGCGUGAUGAGCUUCUGUCAACUCAGAAGAAAACGAAGCCAGUACCGAAAGCAGACUCCUGCUCGAAAGACCUCAAGCUGAAGGAAUAUGAGACGAAAACGACACAUACAGACACCAAGAAGAUUUCGUCCAAAAGUGACACCAUGGACAAACCAAAAAAGAAAACGAAGAACAGUGAUGAAUUGUCUAGUCUCUUCGGCUCUCUUUCAUCGAAAAAUGGCACUACAGAUAAGCCGAAAAAGAAAAAGAAGAAAGGCGACGCAUUUUCCAGCCUCUUCGACUCUCUAUGACGAUGUUAUGCCAUUUACUAUACGUACACAAUUCGAGUUAGAUACAGCUUCGAAUACAUAUCAUGAACAACAACCAUGUCAGCAACCACUACAGAUACAGCAAACUGUUUCAAGGACUGGUGAUUUUCAUUAUAACACACUGCAAAAUUAGAAACAAAAAAAGUUGCAAACGAGCAGAUAUGGCCCACUCUACGUUCAUCCUGCUCUCCAAAUUCCCCGUAUCCCUGUGCGCCUCUGUGGAAGAUCAUGCUUCGCGCCGUAAGUUGAGCGUAUGGAGCUUGAUUCCUGUAUCCGAUAUCCAAGUAACAAGAAUUUCUGUCGCUCACUCUGUUUAGCCACCACGUGAAAAGCAGAAUGCUUCCCCUCAAAGAUAUCCGUCCCAGUACAACCACCGCCGCCAAGCACAUCACUUUUUCUCCGUCGUGUAUCAGUUCGCCCUUGUUCGUAACCAUGUCAUUCUCUAGACACAGCAUCUAAAAAGCAACCCAUUGAGCCGGUUCCUUGUUUAGUCAGGAAUAGGGACGGUAAGACCAGAUACGAGCCUUCAUGUCGCCAGAGCCAGUGGCAAAGUAUCUUCCUUGUGGACUAGGUGCGACGCUGAUGACGGAGUUCUUAUGUCCCUGCAGCAUGAGUUGCGUCGUACCUGUUCUAGGGUCCCAAAACUGGACACCCCGGUCCUUGGAGCCAGAAAGUACCCAGUUGGCCUCAGGGGUGAGAGCAACUGAUAAGACAAAAUCGCGGUGGCCCUCGAAUGUCUUGACACACUUGCCACCUUUGGGGCCAGGCUGGUUUCCUUGACGAGGAGCGCUGAGCUCCCACAUCUUGAUAGUCCUAUCGAGACUGCCAGAAACUAGGUCCUUGCCGCUGGGCGAGAAGGCAACCGAGUAAACACUGUCCUUGUGACCAUCAGGUCCUUCCAAACGCUCGACAAGGAAGCCGGAAUGGAUGUCCCAUACACGUACACUCUUGUCGAGCGAGCCUGCAGCGACGAAUUG